UCCUCUUAGGAGUCAGGACUUGGACUAUUCUCCCUCUCUCAGAUCCACCAUCUCUCUCUCUUUCUAACGGGCAAACUUGGUGUCGUACCGAUCUCGAACGGCCGAUCUAGGGCACCAUGGCUGCAGCCAAUGCCCCCAUCGCCAUGAAAGAGGCCUUGACGUUGCCGAGCCUCGGCAUCAAUCCGCAAUUCAUCAAUUUUACGCAUGUGACUAUGGAAUCGGACAAGUACAUAUGUGUUAGGGAAACUGCACCGCAGAACAGCGUCGUGAUCGUCGAUAUGAGCAUGCCUAAUCAACCUCUUAGAAGACCGAUCACCGCCGAUUCUGCCUUGAUGAACCCCAACUCCCGUAUUCUCGCACUUAAAGCACAACUACCUGGAACAACUCAGGAUCACUUACAAAUAUUUAACAUUGAACUGAAAGCUAAAGUGAAGUCGCAUCAAAUGCCUGAGCAGGUUGUGUUUUGGAAAUGGAUUUCCCCUAAAAUGCUAGCCCUGGUCACACAGACAUCUGUAUAUCAUUGGUCAAUUGAAGGUGAUUCAGAGCCUGUGAAGAUGUUUGAAAGAACAGCCAAUCUAGUGAACAAUCAAAUAAUUAACUAUCGUUGUGACCCUUCUGAAAAAUGGUUGGUCCUGAUUGGAAUAGCCCAGGGUCCACCUGAGAGACCACAAUUAGUCAAAGGGAAUAUGCAGCUUUUCUCUGUGGAUCAGCAACGAAGUCAGGCUUUGGAAGCACAUGCUGCAACGUUUGCUACAUUCAAAGUGCCAGGGAAUGAGAAUCCUUCACUUCUAAUUUCCUUUGCUGCUAAGGCAUUCAAUGCUGGACAAAUAACAUCAAAGCUACAUGUUAUUGAACUUGGUGCCCAGCCAGGUAAACCAUCAUUUAGCAAGAAACAAGCAGAUUUAUUUUUUCCUCCAGACUUCGCCGAUGACUUUCCUGUGUCAAUGCAGGUAUCCCAAAAGUAUGGUUUGAUUUACGUGAUCACAAAACAAGGAUUACUGUUUGUGUAUGACCUAGAGACAGCUUCUGCUGUUUAUAGAAACCGAAUCAGUCCAGAUCCUAUUUUUUUGACAACUGAGGCUUCUUCAGCUGGUGGCUUCUAUGCCAUCAACAGGCGAGGGCAGGUUCUGCUUGCCACUGUUAAUGAAUCCACAAUUGUAUCUUUUGUUAGUGGUCAGUUGAACAAUUUAGAACUUGCUGUUAACCUGGCCAAAAGAGGAAAUCUUCCUGGUGCUGAGAAUUUGGUUGUCCAGCGGUUCCAGGAAUUGUUUUCCCAGGCAAAGUAUAAGGAGGCUGCGGAACUUGCUGCUGAAUCACCACAGGGUAUCCUUCGCACUCCUGACACAGUUGCUAAAUUCCAGAGUGUUCCUGUGCAAGCUGGGAUGACACCACCUUUGUUACAAUACUUCGGAACCUUGUUGACUAGAGGAAAACUUAAUGGUUUUGAGUCACUGGAGUUGUCACGCCUUGUUGUAAAUCAAAACAAAAAGAAUCUCUUGGAGAACUGGCUGGCAGAAGACAAGCUCGAUUGUAGUGAGGAGCUUGGAGAUCUAGUCAAGACUGUGGAUAAUGACCUCGCAUUGAAAAUAUAUAUCAAAGCUCGGGCAACUCCAAAAGUUGUUGCCGCAUUUGCUGAGAGGAGAGAGUUUGAUAAGAUUCUCAUAUACUCGAAACAGGUUGGGUACACACCAGAUUAUUUGUUCCUUUUGCAAACGAUUUUGCGAGCCGACCCCCAGGGUGCUGUUAAUUUUGCUCUUAUGAUGUCCCAAAUGGAGGGAGGUUGUCCGGUUGACUACAACACUAUAACAGAUCUAUUCCUUCAGCGGAACUUGAUUCGCGAGGCAACAGCUUUUUUGUUGGAUGUGCUGAAGCCAAAUUUACCAGAGCAUGGACACCUUCAAACAAAGGUUUUGGAAGUCAAUCUUGUGACAUUUCCGAAUGUUGCUGAUGCCAUAUUAGCCAAUGGUAUGUUUAGUCACUAUGAUCGUCCACGAGUUGCUCAACUUUGUGAAAAAGCUGGCCUCUAUAUUAGAGCCCUGCAGCAUUACACUGAGUUAUCCGACAUUAAACGCGUCAUUGUGAAUACGCAGGCCAUUGAGCCUCAGGGUCUUGUGGAGUUUUUUGGGACGCUUUCUCGGGAAUGGGCUCUCGAGUGUAUGAAGGAUCUUCUGCUAGUCAAUCUUAGGGGGAAUCUGCAGAUUAUUGUGCAGACUGCAAAAGAAUAUGCUGAGCAGUUGGGUGUUGAUGCAUGUAUCAAACUCUUUGAGCAGUUCAAGUCAUAUGAAGGACUUUAUUUUUUCUUGGGUUCAUAUUUGAGCUCCAGUGAGGAUUCUGAAAUCCACUACAAGUACAUCGAAGCAGCUGCUAAAACUGGGCAAAUCAAGGAGGUAGAACGGGUGACUCGUGAAUCAAACUUUUAUGAUCCGGAAAAGACGAAAAACUUUUUGAUGGAAGCCAAGCUUCCAGAUGCACGUCCUUUGAUUAAUGUAUGUGAUCGAUUUGGUUUUGUUCCGGAUCUCACCCACUACCUGUACUCAAACAACAUGCUGCGAUAUAUUGAAGGUUAUGUUCAGAAGGUCAAUCCGGCAAAUGCUCCUUUAGUUGUUGGACAGCUGCUAGAUGAUGAAUGUCCUGAAGAUUUCAUCAAAGGUCUUAUUCUUUCAGUGCGCUCCCUUCUUCCUGUUGAGCCUCUAGUGGAGGAAUGUGAAAAGAGGAAUCGGUUACGCCUACUCACUCAGUUCUUGGAGCAUCUCGUGAGUGAGGGCAGCCAAGAUGCACAUGUUCACAACGCGCUCGGUAAAAUCAUCAUAGAUAGUAACAACAAUCCAGAACAUUUUCUUACUACCAACCCAUAUUAUGAUUCACGUGUUGUGGGUAAAUAUUGCGAGAAGCGUGACCCAACACUGGCGGUCGUUGCCUACCGUCGAGGGCAAUGUGAUGUUGAACUUAUCAAUGUUACAAAUAAGAACUCCCUGUUUAAAUUGCAGGCCAGAUAUGUUGUGGAAAGGAUGGAUAAUGACCUUUGGGACAUUGUUCUUAAGCCUGAUAAUGAGUAUAGGAGGCAGCUAAUUGAUCAGGUCGUAUCUACUGCUUUGCCUGAAAGCAAGAGUCCUGAGCAAGUUUCUGCGGCUGUUAAAGCUUUUAUGACUGCUGAUCUUCCUCACGAGUUGAUUGAGCUUCUUGAAAAGAUAGUGCUUCAAAAUUCUGCUUUUAGUGGGAACUUUAAUCUUCAGAAUCUUCUUAUCCUGACAGCCAUUAAAGCUGAUCCAUCUAGAGUUAUGGACUAUGUCAACAGAUUAGACAACUUUGAUGGACCCGCAAUUGGGGAGGUGGCUGUUGAAGCUCAACUGUAUGAAGAAGCAUUUGCCAUUUUCAAGAAGUUCAACUUGAACGUUCAGGCUGUUAAUGUGCUGUUGGAUAACAUCCGUAGCGUUGAUCGAGCUGUGGAAUUUGCAUUCCGUGUUGAAGAAGAUGCAGUCUGGAGCCAGGUGGCAAAGGCCCAGCUCCGAGCGGGGUUGGUGAGUGAUGCAAUCGAGUCAUUUAUCCGUGCAGAUGAUGCCACCCAAUUUUUGGAGGUCAUAAAGGCUGCUGAGGAUGCAAAUGAAUAUCAUGACUUGGUGAGGUAUCUAUUAAUGGUUAGGCAGAAGUCUAAGGAGCCCAAGGUCGAUAGUGAACUCAUUUAUGCAUAUGCUAAGAUUGAUCGACUGGGUGAUAUUGAGGAAUUCGUUCUCAUGCCAAAUGUUGCUAAUCUUCAAAAUGUUGGAGAUCGGUUAUAUGAUGAAGCACUUUAUGAAGCUGCAAAAAUCAUCUUUGCAUUCAUUUCAAACUGGGCGAAGCUGGCUAUUACACUUGUAAAGCUUAAGCAGUUCCAAGGUGCUGUAGAUGCAGCUCGGAAAGCAAACAGCUCAAAAACAUGGAAGGAAGUCUGCUUUGCAUGUGUGGAUGCCGAAGAAUUCCGAUUGGCUCAGAUAUGUGGACUAAACAUCAUUGUGCAGGUUGAUGAUUUGGAAGAAGUGAGUGAGUAUUACCAGAACAGGGGAUGCUUUAAUGAGCUCAUAUCCCUCAUGGAGAGUGGACUAGGAUUGGAACGAGCACAUAUGGGCAUCUUCACCGAGUUGGGAGUUUUAUAUGCAAGAUACCGUCCUGAGAAGCUUAUGGAGCAUAUCAAGCUGUUCUCAACUCGACUUAACAUUCCCAAGCUUAUACGAGCUUGUGAUGAACAACAGCACUGGACAGAAUUGACAUAUUUGUAUAUCCAAUAUGAUGAGUUUGACAAUGCUGCAACCACUGUAAUGAACCACUCUCCAGAAGCAUGGGAUCACAUGCAGUUCAAAGAUAUUGUGGCUAAAGUUGCAAAUGUAGAGCUUUACUAUAAGGCAGUGCACUUUUACUUGCAAGAGCAUCCUGAUCUUAUUAAUGAUGUACUUAAUGUUUUGGCCCUUCGUGUAGACCAUACUCGUGUGGUGGACAUAAUGCGAAAGGCAGGUCACCUGCGUCUUAUCAAACCAUACAUGGUUGCUGUUCAGAGCAAUAAUGUGUCUGCUGUAAAUGAAGCUUUGAAUGAAAUUUAUGUAGAGGAGGAGGACUACGACAGACUUCGUGAAUCUAUAGAUUUGCAUGAUAACUUUGAUCAGAUAGGUCUUGCACAAAAGAUUGAGAAGCAUGAGCUCCUUGAGAUGAGGCGUGUUGCUGCAUAUAUCUAUAAGAAAGCAGGAAGAUGGAAGCAGUCCAUUGCUUUAUCAAAGAAAGACAGUCUUUAUAAAGAUUGCAUGGAAGCAUGCUCACAAUCUGGUGAUCGUGACCUUGCUGAGGAGUUGCUUGUCUACUUCAUUGAGCAGGGUAAGAAAGAAUGUUUUGCAGCAUGCCUCUUUGUGUGUUACGACUUGAUCCGCGCAGAUGUUGCUCUUGAGCUGGCAUGGAUGAACAACAUGAUUGAUUUUGCCUUCCCCUAUCUCUUGCAGUUUAUUCGGGAGUACACUGGCAAAGUAGAUGAGCUUGUCAAGGACAAGCUCGAAGCUGUUAAUAAUGUGAAAGCUAAAGAGGAGGAGGAGAAGGAGAUGGUUGCUCAGCAGAAUAUGUACGCACAACUGCUGCCUCUUGCUUUGCCUGCACCCCCAAUGCCUGGAAUGGGUGGUGGUUUUGCCCCACCUCCACCGCAAAUGGGUGGGAUGGGAAUGCCACCAAUGCCACCUUUUGGCAUGCCACCCAUGGGCCCAUACUGACCUUCAGUUGUCAAUAUUUAAGGAAGACAAGAUGGUUUGCUUACACGUGGUAAAUCAAUUUGUUGUAAUGCUAUAUUCUCGAGAAAAAUUCAAUUUGGGUCUUGGCGAAUUGAAAGGGAUAGCUCACUUAUCAUUUCAAAUAGUAGGGUUACUUUUGGUCAUUUGUAUCAACAUUCUUUUUAGUUGGUUUUUUCAGUGGCAUAGGGAAGGCUAAGUGAAACAUAGUUGAACUAAUGUUUUAGGUGGAUUAAAUUUGGGCAGGAAUGUGGCCUACCCAUGUAUAGGUUAAACUAGACAAGUCGUUGAAUGUUUCGGUCUCUCUAUUUUUACUUUUUUCUGCCGAGCUGAUGGUGUUAGCUUCUCAAGGCGACGUUUGAAAUUUGAGAAUUUUGUAAUCAGUGCGUAAUGAUUCUCUGUAAUCAUCGUUCUUGAUUUAGGUUGUUUUUCUUGUAGUCUUGAUCAUCCAUGGUUGUUUUGACAUCGCAUUGAACUAUGAUUUUUUUUUU